CAACAACUAAACAGGGAGACUCACGAAGGUGUUAACCUGUGACAAUAGAUAGAUAGGAAUCUACUGUCGGUUACAUUUCCAACGAGACGGCUGCCAACAGUCCAGGUAUCUCAUUGGAUUACAAUGUCUAAGUGAAAAAGAGUGAAUGACCCCAGAUAAAGGAUGUCUCUCAGUGUUUGAUCCUGUUGAGGUGAAAGAUGGUUCUCCACAAGGAAGACAGCAUCCAGCUGAAGACAGCCCUGGGUACAAGCGAGAUACAGCUGCUGAUAGGGGACAUCACACAGCUGCAACAAGAUGAGGCAGUGGACAUAGUCAUAGUGUCAGCCACUCGUGGGGGAUAUUCACAUUCUGCCAAAUCAACACUCAUCGGGGCCUUGAGUCAGAAGCUGCAGAUCAAUGUCGGUGAACUGUCAUUGGACAAGGAGCUUGACCUCAGGACUCACUUCCAUUGCUGGGUGUCCAAACCACUGCCCAACAAUAUCCCCUACAGGCGACUGGUGUGUUUUGAGAGGGCUCGUGAGACAGUAAUACAAACAACCGUCCAGCAUAUUGGUGACAUGUUCCGUGCCAUGACGCCCAUCUUUAACAAUGAAGACACAACAGUCAUAACCCCUCUCCUAGCCACAGGAGGACAGGGUCAGUCGAAAGUGGCAGUGCUGAAGGCAAUGGUGGAGGGAGCUUGUCACUGGAUCAAGGCCGGACUGCCUCUAAGAUGUCUGAAGAUUGUCCUGUAUGCUCACAGAGACAUGGUUGCUGUGGAAGUGUUCAAGAACCUAAAGAUUGUGUGGGAGGCACAGAAUCAGAGACAGCCAAAAGAGGAUCAGAGUAUUGAUGUGUUCAUCUCUCACAGUAGCCAUGACAACCAUUGGGCUGACAUGAUUGCUGCCCAGUUGACAGAGAUCCGCUCUGGACUGAAGGUGUACAAGCAACAGCUCCAGUUCUCAGCCGAUGAGGUGUGGCAGGAGAAUGUCUUCCAUGUGAUGAUGCAGUCGGUCAGAAUCAUCACCAUCUUGACUCCUGCAUAUGUGGAGAGUCAGGAAUGUCUGGAACAGUUCAACAUCGCUCUGUGUGUGAACCGGCUUUCUGCAAAGCACCAGAUCUGUCCCAUGUAUGUGGAAACUGUCAGCUCCAUACCUUCCUACUUGCAGCUGGUGCAGUACAUAGAGUGCAGACAACGGAAGGAAGGAGAGGUAACUAAGACACUGAUCAAGCAGGCAUGCAUUACAAUUUUGAGUUCAGUGCCUGAGUCUGAUCAGACCAAAGAUAACUCCAAACCGGAACCUCCAUCCAAAACGACAUACGAUGUUUUCAUAUCCUACUCCCAUCGAGACCCCACCCCUGCCCAGACUCUGCUACAGUGCCUUCAGGAACAGGACUCCACACUCAGUGUCUUCUUCGACAGGAGUGAACUCAAGACCGGAAGUCUCUGGCAGCAGACUCUGUAUGAUGCUAUAGAUGGAGCCCGCUACGUGGUGGCUCUGCUGUCCAUGAGCUACAUGACAUCUGAUGUGUGUCAGGAGGAAUACAACAUUGCCCUCGCUAGGGCUUUAGCUACAAAAGAUGUCUCUCUGAUUCCCGUGUGUAUAGAACCCAUCGAGACUGUGUCUCAGACCUUCGGUCAUGUGGCCAUACUUGAUGGCAGUUCAGCCAAUCAGAAUGCAGUUCUUUCACAGAUCACCAGGGAUAUAAUUAAUUUGGUCAGAAAUGGAAAGAAGGGACAAACUUUUGUCAAGCCAACUCUCUCAGUCACACCUCAGAAAGUUCAAGAGAUCCACCGUAAACAAGAAUUUGAUAAACUGUACAAAGUAAAGGGAAAAGAAGUUCAUCAUAAGCACCCAAGCAAACAGCAUUUGGACAGAGGGGGUCAGUGUGUUGUAUUCAGCUUCUCUCAUGACUCUCUCCGUCUUGCUAUAAUUCUGUCUGAGUUGAUAAAGCAGGCAUCACCAGACACAAACUGCUCCUUCAUCAGUGAGAAUAAUAAAGACAGACUUCAUUUGUUGGACCAGUCCCAACUUGUGGUCAUCAUAGUGUCCGACGGCUAUGUCCAGUCAGCUCAGCUCCUUGAGGAACUUCAUCUAAGUCUGUGUAGACAGCGGAGAGAAAAGCCCACGAGGAUGAUGUACCUGAUUGAAGGGUCACACCUCAGUGCCCGACCCCACUAUCUCCAUCUCCUGGACUACAAAGUCAGCAUCAAUGACAAACUGUGGAGUGCAUUGAAACCCACAAAAAAAACACAAGAUGAGCCUAUAAGCAUCAAUUCUACCAGAGUCAAAAUGAAGGGCUCUUACUCCUGCACUUUACCAGAGCAUCUGGCCCUCAGCAAAGCUAAACUUGACAUCCUGGAUAUUGUGCACAAUCGGUCUCCACGCACAAACAGUAGCAGCAUCCUCAACAUCCUCAAUAUGGGCAGCCUCCUAACAGGUGACGCAGGCAACAUGGUUCAUAUCCAACAGUGUUCAAAGAAAAUAAAGAUGGAUGCCCAAACUUCAUCAGGAGAGGUAGCAAGAAAUGAUCUGGGGACCACCAAUUGCAAGGCAUCCAACUCAGGAGACAAUCAUAGUGAUAUUAGCAGCACUCAUGAAGAAAUAAACUUAAUGAUGCCACAACUAAUUAUUCAAAAAGCAGCAACAAAACAGAGUGGCCUCUGUAUUGUUUUAUGAGAAUUUAAUUACCAUUAGUAGACAGGCAAUACUACUGACUAGUCCAGUAGGUUUGGGACCAGUCCAAACUCACUACCUGUGUAUCCUAGCCUUGUUCACCUGACCCUACCUGGGCACCCACUUUGGGUCUCAAGCAUGGGUACAAACUCUUCAAAUCGGGAAUUGCUUUACAAGAGCCCUUGUCACAACUAUUUCAGUUCUCAUGAAAAUAGAUCUGAGGAUACAUACAGUGAAGUUGAGAGAAGAUUUAUCUAUAUUUAAAUUUAUCUUACCUACCGGCUCGGGUGACACUGCUACAAAGAGACAUACAUCAGACUGUAUUACACUCGAGAGAAGUAUACAACUUAUAAUAUGAAAGUCAGAAGGGAUGCUUGCAUAGUCUGAGAAAUGCAUGGAAUUUUUAUAGUUAUUUUAUUGAACAAUAUAUCACCUGGCUCUGGGUAGACCAGACAACACCUGGAUCUGAAGACCCUCCUGAUCUGAGUACCUGCAUUACCCAUCUCACGAAGGUUACAAGAUUGUUUGUUGUAAUGACCGACAAGCCAACAGACUUUUAUACUUUCUGUGAUCAUCAGUACUGUGAUAGCAUUCAGAUAACACUGUUUGUGUAUUCAGUGGUACAAGAAAUAUGCACAAGAUAUAUAUCAUUAUUUGAUUGUUGUAUAUUUUUUCAAGACACAUUGAAUAAAAUACAUAUGUUGUUGACCCUCA